GUGGGUGACCCGACUUGCACAACCCAGCGCUGCCAUGGGGAAGAAAGGGAAGGGAAAAAAGGGUGGCAAGGAAGCCCUUGGUGUGCCCUUGGCACCUGCAGGAGAGGAUAAUUACAUGUUCCUCAGCAUGCAGGUGGAGACUUUGGAACGUGAAUUGCAAGUAAAGUCUGCGCAAGCGGAGGAGGCUCAAAGAUCUGAACUGGAACUAAGAGCCCGGGUGGAGCAGAUGGAAGAGGACUUCAAGCAGGAGCAGAACACCACGUAUGCCGUCACUGCAGACAUGGCACGCCAGUACAAGGCACUGCAAGAAGAGCUGAUUUACAAGAUCAACUCCUUGGAGAUCCAGCACACCGAGCAGAGGGAAGAGCUAGACAUCACAAAUCAUGAGCUCAAGGAGCUGACCUUGGUCAAGGAUGCAGAUAUUGAAAACAAAGACCAGCAAAUCAAGCAGCUCAAUGAGCGCAUGAACGAUAUGUCAGCUGAGUUCGCAAACAUGCUCGCUGAAACCCUGGACCUGAUGAAACUUCACAUCAAUGAGAAACUGUCGGAUGCUGCCUUGGGUGACGCAGAUGCUUCCAGACCAGACUUCACUCAGCGCCUACAGGAUUUCAGCAACAAGGCCUACAAUGCCGUGGCGAUUAGCUCUAAGAGCGACCAUGGCAAGGCCUUGCCUCCGAGUGAUGGAUGAGCUGCAGGCGCUUCACGGUGCUUAGUGAGGACUUGCUGCCCACAUGCUCAGGAGGCUGUACAGAGAGGGUGCUUCAGAGCGGAGCCAUCAAGCAGAACAGAGAUGAAGUCAAGUGGUGGGCGAUC